AUGAGCGCCGCCCCUCGAAGGCAAGUACAAGCAGCAGCUCGCUGCUGCAUAAGCGGCAGCAACAAUAUGCAGCGUUCGACAGUAGCGAUAUGCUACGUUGUGCGUCAGUUGCCCCUGCAAGCGAGCACCGUGCUCGCAUGCUGCAGCGUAUGCGCUGCCGCCUCACGCAGUCGACGGCGAUUUCAGCCGCCGGUCGCUGCCACUGAAAAUUUGUUGGAUCUACAUUCACUUGAUAUAGAAAGCAAUUCACUUCCUUAUACCUGCUUACUUGUACAGCUGAAGAAACCUACCCAUCCUAGCCGUGGCAUUCCAACGGCUAUCAAUUGCCUUGCAAUUCUGCUCAAGGAGCCUGUGGUUCGAUCUUCAUUUGUUCAAGAUGAUGGAGUGAAGCUGCUUGUUCCUCUAAUUUCUCCUGCAUCCACUCAACAGUCCAUCCAGCUCCUCUAUGAAACAUGUCUUUGUAUUUGGCUCUUGUCUUACUUUGAUCCUGCGGUUGAGUAUUUGGCUACGUCUAGAACCCUUCCACGGUUGAUUGAAGUUGUUAAGGGAUCCACAAAGGAAAAGGUUGUCAGGGUAGUUGUCUUGAUUCUUAGGAACUUGCUCCACAAGGGGAACUUUGGUGCUCAGAUGGUAGACCUAGGAGUGCCACGGCUUGUUCAAAGUUUGAAAGCACAGGCGUGGAAUGAUGAGGAUCUGCUGGAAGCUCUAAAUCAACUGGAAGAAGGACUUAAAGAUAAUAUAAAGAAGCUAAGUUCUUUUGAUAAAUAUAAGCAGGCUGUCCUCCUUGGACAUCUUGAUUGGUCACCUAUGCACAAAGAUCCUUUAUUCUGGCAGGACAAUGUUACCAACUUCGAAGAAAACGAUUUCAAGAUCCUGAAGGUCCUCAUAACAAUUUUGGACACGUCCACUGAUGUUAGAACGCUUGCCGUUGCUUGCUUCGAUCUCUCACAGUUCAUACACUACCAUCCUGCUGGGCGUAUCAUCCUGACUAACCUCAAAGCAAAAGAACCGGUGAUGAAACUGAUGAACCAUGAAAAUGCAGAGGUUACCAAAAAUGCUUUGCUCUGCAUCCAAAGGCUUUUCUUAGGUGCCAAAUAUGCAAGCUUUUUGCAGGCUUAAGUAUCAUUUAUGGAGGACAGUUUUUGUCCACAUUUUUUAUGUUCGUACACAAUGAGUAAGUAUGUUCAGUUUUCUUAUGUAUAAUGUCACCUACUCGGUCGAGAGCUUGGUUUUUCAUUUAUCUCAUCACUAAUGUUAUACACUGUACUCAUUUGUUUCUAACCUUUUCUAGUCUCUAUGAAGGAAACAUGGGCUUAUGCAA